UUGAUGAUUUUAACAAAUGAACUGUUAAAUCCAUUUCAAUCUAGUGGGAUGAUUAACGAUUAAUGACCAACAAAUGUUAAUUUCAUUAAAACACAGCAACAAUCAUCAUGAUUUCAUGAAAAUGACUUUUUCAAGUGAACAACCAUCAGUAACUUGCUAUUUACUUUACUUUUAUUAUGCUUCUCUUAAUCAACAGUUGGACUCCAUUGGAAAUUAUUUCCAAGAUUCUAAUGAUUCUCUUAUUUUCAUUGUUCUCUCUCUGUUUCUUUGUAGCCCAUUUAGAUUAUCAUCAUUAGUAAAACAAGUCUGUUUAAACACUUUUUCUUUCUUUACGUUGAUUAUAAAAUUUUUGUUGAUCAUUUUCAUGUUUCUCUCCUCUUGUUGACAAUCUGGUGUUUAAGUUGCGUGUUAAUGUUGGUGUUGUGAAUGUUAAACACGCAUGACAACCUCAAUCAACAGUAAAUUUUCAUCAACAUCAAUUGACAUACAGUCAACAGAGGAUACUUCGAACACAGCUAACCUCGCCUAUCUCUUACCUCAUCCUGACUUGUUUCUCUGUCUUUUUCUCCUCAUCUCUUUCUUUUUCUCACUCUGUGUUUUGUUUUCAUGACUCUCCCUUAUUUCUUGUUUUUUUCUUAUGUUAACUUUUAAUGCAACUCGAUUUUCAUGUGUCCAUCUAAAAUUCUUAUCAACCCAAGUUAAUCAUCUUUAAUUCUCUAUUUUUUGCUUCUUCUAGUGCUGUGUUCCUUGGAUUACAUCCUCAUGUAGCAUGUGUUUUUUUUGGUAAACCAAGAAAUCUAAACAAGCGAGUAAAAGAUGUUGUUAUAUUUGUUUGGUUAUAACGGUUUUUUCGCUCUAUUCUUUCAUUUCACUUUGCUUCAAGUGUGAACAAAAUCUAAAUCCUUUUAGAUUGUUUUGGUUCUCAGAGCUUCGCUUAUCGGUUACCCUUUGUUACAUUACUUAACCCUUCUCGUCAACUUGUAAAUUGGAUUUGUAUUAUCCACCAAAUGGGCAAAGAACAAGAAUUUUUAGAAGCUGCUAAAAAUUGUACUCUACCGGUUGUUAAAAGAAUAAUCAAUCAUAAGAUUAAAAAAAUUGGUUCCUUAUCGAAGAACAAUGAUGGUUAUAAAACAGCCAAAAGUGGCUUUUCGCGAUCUCAAGAAUCUAUCCUAGAUGGUUUUUCAACACCACCUUCAACCAGUCAUCAAUCAAAUUCUCAUCAUUUCCAGUCUCACCACAAACAACCUCAUCAUUAUCCCCCACACAGUCAUCAGUACCAACACCAUGCGUCUACGUCUUAUAUUAAUUUAGAUCCUCCCUCGGUCCCGAUUGGUCGGGAUGUUCUUCAAUUAACACGUACCAGUAAAUCAGUUGAUUCUGAUUCAAUUGACAUUAAUGGUCGAGGAGCUCAUUCCUUAAGCAUUUAUCCACAAUCAUCUUCAUUGAAUGGUGAAACUUAUGGUUAUCAAAAGAUUAAUCAGAAUACUGGUUCUAGAGAUGAUUCCAGAUUAGAUACUAAAUCUUCGACCAAUACUUGGGGAUACAACUCAAUACAACGGAGAUCCGGCAACAAGCCACUUCCUCCAGCAAAACCACCCAGAAAAUCAUUAGCAAACAAAGAUGCUAACAAUGUAUCAACCUUGGACCGAAAAAGUGCACAAAUUAAUGGACAAUUUCAAUCUCAACAAGAAUCAACAACAAAGCAAUAUUUUUCCGCAAAAAAUCAUCAAACUAAUUCAAAAAGAAUCUCAAGUUUUGAUUAUGUCAGUGAUUCUGGCCUUAGUUCCGGUGAAGGUUGUAUGAAAAGGUCACUGAGUAAUGAUGGGGGUGAUUAUUUGGAAAGUAGAAGUUUUUCCAACAAUCAAAGACUCUCAACAUUCUUAGGGCCUGUCAAAAUGCCCGAGCCAACCUCUUCCGUUAACGUUUCGUCAAAUAAUAUCUCUUUGUUAUCAUCAUCUUCAAUAACACCUACAACUGCAAUAAAAGACACCAGCACAGCCCAAUUAACCAAUUCAAUUAUUCCUUCAGGUUUAACUUCCGUUGCAAAGCCGGCAGCAAACAAUAGCGAAUUUAUAUCGGAAAGUGCAUUAAGUCUAUUGUAUGAUGAGAUCGCUAGCGAAAUAAGUGGCCGAGAAACCAAUUCCUCGCUAGUUUCAUCCAUCAACUCCGUUACAUCCCUUGAACCAGAAAGUUCAAGUUCAGUUAAUCCAGGAGAAUCAAGACGAAGAUCAAUAAAAGAAGGAUCAACGCACCAAUUGCAACAACAUGUUCGCUCCAAAUCUGAACAACAUCAUUCAAGGAGUCUAAAUAAUUCUGAAGAAAAAUCCAAUGGUACCAAAGAACCCGAUGCAAUAUCAUGUUCUCCAUCUUCGUCAAAUAGCAAUCAUUCAAACCAACAACCAAGUCAAUCUACAGAGCCGACUAAAUCAAAACGAGUUACCGUGCAAUUUCCAGUUAAUUUUAAAAGUUUAACACGUAAAAGCUCGAAACAAUUUGAGCCUCCAUCGCCAGAAACGGCGUUAAAAGGAAUCCAUGCUGUGAUAGAACCAUUAUAUCAGAUGCACGAUAAUUAUGAUGAAGCAUGUAUUCCAAUGCAUAAACCUGCUAGUCUCCAAAUGAUUUGGUCUCAAUUUGAUUAUCAACUUUUAACUGCUGAUUUUGAUCGUUAUUCUAAUAUAAUUGAGCUUAAAAAGGAGUAUCAAAAAUUGAAAGUUCCUCAUUAUCGAGACAUGGAAACGUCAACUGAUGAUGAUCUCCUAUUGACAACUGACUCUGAUGGGAAUCAGGUGUAUGUUAAAUUGAGGCAUCCUCGAAGCCGAAAUAGCCUAGAAAACAAGACCGUUUCCACUGAUAAUGAAUCAAUCGGAUGUGGGGAAGAGAAUCCGUUCCAAGAAUUAUGUAGAGGUUCCAAAUCAUUAAGGCAUAGUGAUAAUUCUCAACUCGAUGGUAAAAAAUCCCUUCGCCGAAGUAAAGUUGUUGAAAGUAAAACCUUGGAAAGGAAGAAAAAGAAACAUCGUUUAAGUUCAAGAAGCAAGAGUGAAAAGUCUUUGAACGAACCAAUGUCAACCACAACCAUAGAUACCAUAGACGCCAUCAACGAUCCCCUUACAGUUGAAAAAUGUGACUCUACCAUUCCAUCUGAAUUGAAAUCUGUUGCUGUUACAAGUGGAGAGCGCUCAAGUUCAAUGAUUCACACAUUACCAAGCAUUGUUUUCGAUGAAAACAAAGAGUGGGCUGAAAUAGCCAGUAUCAUGGCUUCCUUUGGAAGUGACUUGACCCAAAGUACGGAUGAGUUUUGUCGUCAAACCAUUCCUGAACCAUUGUCCAUUGAUAGUAUAACUUCAUUUGAUGAAUGGCUCAAAGAGUUGGAUCUACAAAAAUAUGCCAACAUUUUAAUAUCAAAUGGAUUUGAUAAUGUGCAAUUUAUGGGUCCAAACAUAGUGGAAGAAUGUGAUCUCAUAGAAAUAGGUAUAACCAACGCCACUGAUCGGUCCAAAUUACUUGAAGCAUCCCGGAUCAUCCCAGUGAUACCAAAGUUGGCGAUUCAUGAAAAUCUUUCAGUUGAUCAAUGGUUAGCCUCAUUGUCAUUGGAACAGUAUCAAGUCAAUUUUACUGAAAAUGGUUUCACUGAUAUGGAUAAGGUUAGAAAAAUUUGGGACGUCGAGUUGAAUGCUGUUAUUGGAGUAACCAAGAUUGGACAUCGAAAGCGAAUAUUAGCCUCUCUUGGGGAGCGCCUUAGUUUAAUUAGUGAUCUCAGUUUAGAUGAUAUAGCUUUCAAUCGAUUGCCCUUUGACUUUGAUGAUUUAAGAUUAAGAGAUGAAACUGAUUACAGAGGUGAACCAAAUGAUUCGAGAAGUGAAGAUAAUCUUAUUAGCAGUCAUACCGGUAGAUUGGGAAUUGAAGCUGCCAUAGGUGGUGAAGGAUCAACGUUUGAUUAUGAAAGUGACAGAACUUCCAUUUCAUCUGAUAUAAGGCCAGAUUCAGUAAACUCUGUUAGCACAACAUUUUCUCAACGAUCUUCUAAUCAACUAAGCACACCUCUAAUGUCUCAAUGGAAACAUGAUCCUGUGGAUUUGGUUAACGGUGAAUGUCGCUAUUUAGCAACUUACCUCGGUUCAACCUUAGUAACCAAACUUCAAGGAAUCCAAACAACCAAAGAAUCAAUAACAAAAUUAAAAGAAUCAACCAAAGAUAUUAAAAAAAUUCCUUCUGUUAACUUAUCCAUUUCUUAUACUGGUGUAAAGUUCAUUGAUGCUCAGACUGACAAAAUGGUCUGUGAACAUGAAAUUCGUAAUAUUCAUUGUGCUUGCCAAGAUGCUGAUGAUUUUAGGCACUUUGCUUACAUCACAAAAGAGCACGAGACCAAUAAUCAUUACUGUCAUGUGUUCUGUGCUCAAUCUUUGGAUAUCGUGACGGAAAUAAUUUUAACCCUUGGCCAAGCUUUUGACAUUGCAUACAAAAUUGCGCUCGGUGAAGAUAUUGAAACACUUCGCAGGUUAUAUCAUGAAAAUCAAAAUAAAGCGCCAUCACCACCACCACGGUCAACUUCAUACUCUCUAUCACAAUGUACUUCAUGGGAUGACAGUUUGACUCAUGUUCCAAGCUCAUCUGGUGAAGAGACGAGCACUUUAAAGCAAACUUUGUCACCUAAAUCACAAGCCAAUUGUCAUAAUAGUUUUACCUCUAAAGUUGAUAACAGUAAUAGUAAUAAUGUUGAAAGCAGCAACAAUAAUGUAAAGAAAAAUUUAAACAAUAAUUCCAUUUUAAAAGAGACUCAACCAGACCUGAUAUUAUGCUCACCUUCACCAACUCAUAAUAAUAACAACAUUUCUCGACCUCCUUCCAGUGCAAGGAAACCUCACUUACGGGUCAAACCCGAUGUACCCACCAAGCCUCCAUCGUUGAUCAAAUCGAUUGCUUCACCAGCUUCAACCUUACAAAGAAAGUCAAAGUUAUCCUCUAUCACCAAAAAUGUAACCCAAUUUAAACCAAGUUGUUAUUUUUCACGAUACUUGUCAAGUGACCGUAAAUUGGACAAUCAUUACGACGUUCUUGAUAUUCCUCGUGAAUCAUCACAAGCAGAUAUCAAAGAUGCCUAUUAUAAACUUUCAAAGCAAUACCAUCCCGAUCGCAAUCCUGGUGACGAGAAUGCAUCGGAUAAGUUUCGCAAAAUAACCGAAGCUUACGAUGUUUUAAGUAACCUUGGUGCAAAGCAAGAGUAUGACCGAGCCUUAGUACUACAAGAUAAAAGGAAUUCACCUUUCAAAUCAACUUAUAAACCACCCACAUUUAGAGAGAUGGACACUAAAACUGGCAAACCUUUGGACUCGCAGGACUAUACACAGUUUUACAGAAACCGUAGAGCUCAAUUGGGAAGACAUGAACCACCGGUUACGAAUUUCAACAGCAAAAUUGAAGGAAAUCCUGAGAACCCCUUCGAAGUUAAAAUUGAUCCCCAAUCACCACCGAUAAAAACGAGAAAGUACAAGCAUUAUUCAGCUUCAGAUUGGACCGAACCUGUAGAGAAUGCAGAGAGUACUGGCAAGCGAGAUGUAUCAGCGACGAAUGCAUUGCUUCUUAUUUUAAUUGCUGCUGGCUUUUUGAUUCAAGUUGUUAAAAUGGUUGAUAGUGAACUUUUAAAGAACGAUUUAAAAAAUUUUCUCCACUUUGCUUGUGAGAAGAAGACUGUCAAUGGUGAUUUGUUGAUCAGGUCGGUCAUCAAUGUAUUCAACAAGCUUCCAAUAUCAAGGUCUGGUGUUUUGACUUUUUUUAAUCAACUUUUCGAAGAAAUAUGUGAAAGAUAUAGCUCUGAAAAUGGUGGAAAGAAAUUUAAAAAGUUGGAUACCAGUAUUCUAAGUCGACUUAUCCAAAAGUCAAAUGAACCGAUGGCUAGAGGAGUUGAUAAUUUAGGAACAGUUGGGGACACUCCGAUGAGUCCGCCAAUGGUGGAAACAGGAUCUACCACAGUUCCUAUAUUAGAUGAAAGUAACAUAAAUGCCACCAUUCAAAAUUAUAUCGAAUUGAUUGGAACGACUUUUGACCAAGUUGAUGCCAGUGGAGACUCUACAUGUAAACAAUUGAUCGUUGAUUGGAUUUUGAAUUUCAUUGCCAUCCUGAGUAACAACAAAAUGAUGAAAAAUUUACCACAAUCUUCUGCUACCAAUCCCGUUCUCAUAUUCACAGAGUACAUUAAUUUUUGGAUUAAAUGUCCUGUUGUUGAGCUUGUUUUCAAAAUAAUCAUGUCUUACGCUUCAUCGUCUUCCAUUUCAUCUUCUUCAUCCUCGCCAUCAUCGUCAUCCUCGACCUCUCAAUCUUCAAACAACUGUCAAGCUUUACUGUUACGGUUAAUUGACUUCUCACCUGGCUCAGAUUGGAUCUCAGCUCAUCUCAUUGCAUCACUACCAUCUGAUUCAAAUUCAUCUUUAUUUUCAAUUUGUAUCGAAACUUUACUUCAGAGUAAUGCAUCACAAAUAUCCAAAACAAACAUAUUAUCUUACAUUUCUGAACACAACCCUCAAGCAAUAAUCAAUGCAUCUAGGAACAAUAUACCAUUUCUAUUAAAAUUAGCCGCCAAUUCCAAACCAUUACUCAACCUUCUAUCUGUUGAAGUAGUUAAACAAGUUAAUAUCAAAAUGCUAAACGAUCUCAGUGGCACUCUAAAAGAAAAUCUCCAACCUCCUGUCAUUUAUUGCAUACUGAACGCCCCUAAUUCUUAUGAACUUUUAUUAAUUGUGUUUGAAGCUUGUUCGCAUCCUAACGCAAAUGAAAUUGUCCAGAAAAAAGCUUUUGGUAUUUUAGAAUCAAUAAUAUCUCACAUUCACGAGCUUGUAUACUCUGCUAAUGUCAUUGCUCCAGUCCCUAUUUUGGAAGUUUUGAGAGACAAUUUGGAACAUCUUGUAUCUCAUGCAAUUACUAAAUCGACUAGUAAUUUGAAAAGACUACAAACGCAAAUUAUUCAACUGUUGUGUCUUUACUUUGGUAUAGAUUUUUCAGCGCAAGUUUUACAUCAAAUUCUCAAUUCUCUAGACACUUGCUAUAGCGGAUUCACCUUAGUUGCUCCACCUAAUCCUAUUCUAACUAACUUGAUUCGAUCAUUGAAACUACCAUUUGGUGCCCAAGUAUAUAAAUGCUUUAAAAAAGCUGCUCAAUCACCACUACCAAAGAAUGCCAAUUUCUGGGCGAAUCUAUUAUCAUUAGUGGAUCUUGACGAGACUAUAGAACUUGAUAUUGAUGUCAUGACGGAUCAAUUUACAGAUCACAUGCAGAUGGGUCAUUUUGACCGUAAAUUGUUUUAUAUUCUGCGAUUAAUUUUAUGUUGUAUUGAGAAAAAUCCCAAAACUUUGGUACGACCCAAGCAUCAUCUUUGCAUUAGCUUAAUGUCAACUUAUAUGAAAAUUUUGGACCUGAUUGAAUCAAAUGACAAUGAAUUGGAACUGCGAAUGCAGCUUGUUUCAACAGCUCAAAAACUAAUGUCUCAUCUCUCCAAAGGUCAAAUAUCUAAUCAACAUAUUUUAAGUCGAGCUCUCAUUGAAACUGAACUUAAAAGAAGUGAAAACGUCAAACCAGAAGAAUUGAAGGCUCCAUAUAUCAGCAUGUUCAACGAAAACCUUCAAUAUGGAGGACCAACCAAGUUUAGAAAAACGUCCUUAAACCCGAAACGUGAUAUUAAAAUUAAUAACCAAGAAGAGCUGAAGCCUAAAAAAUGCUCUAUAAGAAAUCAACUUCUAGUCGACGCAAUUAAAUGUUGUAUUAUAGAUACACAAGCACUUGCCUUAUUGUUGGUCGAAUGUGUAACACCCGACGUUAUGUUCAAUGAUAAACCCUGGCCAGAUGAGGACUUUCUUAAGGUUACCAUUGAAAGAGAUCUUUAUGUUGCUCGCAAAUUUGAAUCAAAUCCGGUUCUUUGGGAUAUCUGUGAAUUGAUUGCAAAAGCUGGGAGUUUACAGCACUGUUCAGUUUUGAUUCAAGCUUUGAUGGCUGUGCAACUAUGCCGUUGGUCUGCGGCAACUGCUCAAAUGGACAAACUUGACGCAACCCAAAAGCUAGUUUCAUUGAUUGCCACAAGUGAAUUGGUUCCUAGUUGUCCAUUCAAGUAUAUACCUCAAGUAUUACCGGAACUUACUCCUUGGGAAAUAUUUUGUAUAUUGAAUGAUCUUUGGAGGUAUCUAAGAGAUAAUAGUCCUCCAAAUAUUCGACCUAAUCAAGGAUCACUCCGACCAUAUUUAGAAAGAUUAAGAGUUAUUACAGCAAAAAAACUCCCCGGUCCACUUUUUGUGAAAAUAUUCAAAAACUUGGAGUGAAAUAUGUAAUUUGAUUGUUUAGUGUAUAAAUUUUGUUACGCAUUAUCAUGAAUUUUCAGAUAUUUUCACCGAGUAUUCAUUUUCAUUGAUAUUUAAAAUAUACCAAUUUUGUUUAAAAAUUACCAUCGUUUCAGAAUA